CAGGAAGAUCAGCAGAGCGUGAAUGAGGAAGCGGCGUCUGUGCUGCUAUCAUGGACAGAAACGUGAAUGUCUUUUAAAGCUAUUCACAGUCGUGUAGGAGGUUCAUUUGCAGCUUGAUAUCAUGAAGAUAAAUGAGAACACUUUACUGGAGGGACUCAGAGUCGUGCUGGUUCCUUAUAACGUAAAUCACGUGCCCAGGUAUCAUGAGUGGAUGAAGUCUCCUGAGCUCCAGCAGCUGACUGCUUCAGAGCCGCUGACCCUGGAACAGGAGUACGACAUGCAGAAGAGCUGGAGGGAAGAUGAUGACAAGUGCACGUUCAUAAUCUUGGACAAACAGCUGUGGGCGGACCCCAGUCUGGAGGAGGAGCAGUGCAUGGUGGGAGAUGUCAACAUCUUCCUGACUGACCCAACAGACCCAUCACUGGCUGAGCUGGAGAUCAUGAUAGCAGAGCCCAGCUACAGAGGCAAGGGUGUCGGAAAGGAGGUGACGCGUAUGAUGAUGUGCUACGGAGUCACCAAACUUGGGGUCAGAAAGUUUCAGGCAAAAAUCGGACUGGAGAACCAGGUCAGCAUCACCAUGUUUGAGAAACUCCACUUCCAAAAGGUGUCGGAGUGCAGUGUGUUUAAAGAGGUGACCCUCGAGCUGGCGGUAGAUGAGUCGGUUCGGAUGAAGCUGCUGGAUGAUGCGGCUCACGUGAAGGAAAGAGAUUACAGACAGACGUGCAGCAGCAGACAUGAGCUGCUUUCACAGUGAGCUUCUCGCUCACCUUCUAAAGACUUCAGUUUGUGAAGCGGGAUGAGGAAAAUCUUGGACACGUGAAACUGAAAACUGGUGUGUGGAGCCUGUGCAACACAAUCCUUUACAAGGAUUUUUUUUUUUUGCUCUCACAUAACAAGGAUGAUGGCUUUAGUCACCAGCUGUCCGGAACAUUAAGCAAUCAAUUUUAGGCGUGUCUUUUAUUUUUUUAUUUACUCUGUCCCUAAAAUGAAAUUGAGCGCCUUUUUCCAUUUACUGAUGCACAGCCAUUAAAACCCACAGUGUAAUGUGUCAUUUAAACCUCUCUUCUACAAACAUAUUUGUCUCAUGUUCCUCUUAAUUGCCAUUUUAGUCUUCUACAUUUUUCAUUAUUUUGGUGCUGAAAACCGGAAGGCUGGUGGUAAACAUUAAAUGACAGUUGCAGGAGCUUUCACACCACAUGCUGCUAAACCUCACUCUGCUCCAGACAGACAGAUUAGAGGCCUUCAGAUCACUUUGAUUUCCACCUGAAAGAAAAAAAUGAAAAAUGACAGAAUCCAAGAUUAAUGAAAAUGACAACGUGUACUCUGGUUUCACUUUUUCGACCACAAUACCUUAAUUAUGAAGUGACAAACCUUCCAGCUCCAUAGAUGGGAGUGUUGGUCAGCUGGUCUCCCACUUGGGUCCACAUUGGUCCAGGCUUUAUGCUCAGCUAAUAUCAGGUUUCCUUUAGGAUGAAGUUUUAUAACUUUACUGAUUGUAGACCUUCAUAAUGAUAUGCCUACCUUGUUGGGAGUGUGCUGGACUUGGUUAGAUAUUGUAAAGGGGGUUUUCUUAACCAAGCAAAGAAUCUCUGAGCAUCAUAUUCAGAGUUUCAAUGAACACUUUCCAAAUCCAAGUUCAACACUUGAAAGCAUUUCCAGCCAUACAUUUUCUUCCACUUAUCCAAUUCAGGGCCGUGAGGGAGGGGAGCCUAUCCCAGCUGUC